AUGAGCAGUUCACGCGGCUCAAGCCAGGAGAGAGAGAAGCAGCUCCUGAAGCUGCUGAGGCGUGUGGUGAGUGUUGGAGAUCCUGAAAAUAAGUACACCGGAUGGAAACGUAUUGGCAGUGGGGGUUUUGGAAUUGUUUAUAAGGCCUUCAACGCUGCCACAGGACAAGCGGUGGCUGUAAAGCAGCUUAAUCUCCAGCACCAGGGCUGCGAGGACGUACUGAAAGAAAUCCUGGUCAUGAGUGAAAAUAAGCACGCCAAUAUUGUCACCUACCUAGAAAGCUACCUUGUCAAUGAGGCUGUCCUGCUGGUCUUGGAGUAUAUGGAUGGAGGCUCCUUAGGUGAUGUGGUCAGCGUGAGAAGGAUGGCUGUAGGACACAUAGCAACAGUGUGUCGGGAGUGCCUGCAAGGCCUGGCUUUCCUUCAUGCCAACCAGGUGAUCCAUAGAGAUAUCAAAAGUGACAACAUCCUUCUGGGCCGGGAUGGCUCCGUCAAGUUGGCUGAUUUUGGCCUCUGUGCUCUGCUCAGCCCUGAGCAGAGGAAACGGAGGUCGAUGGUCGGGACCACUUGCUGGAUGGCACCCGAGGUUGUGAGAAGAGAGCCUUACGGCCCCAAAGUGGACACCUGGUCCCUUGGCAUCGUGGGAAUAGAAAUGGCCACAGGAGAGCCUCCUUAUGUUCGGGAAACCAGUGACAGGGCCAACUUCCUGAUAGGCAAGCAAGGGGUACCAGACCUGCACAAGCUCAGGCUACCCCCUGGCUUGUGUGAAUUUCUGGGCUGCUGCCUGCAGAUGGAUGUGGACAGGCGAGGCUCUGCCAAGGAACUUCUGCAGCAUCCAUUUCUGCAAUCAGCGGAGCCUCUCUUAAGCCUCUUCUGACAGCCUUGAUUGCUGUCCUCCCUGCAGCCAGGAGCUGGAAGGGCAGCGUUUGGAGGCACAGCAACUGCUGGCACAAGGGGCAAACUUCCUGGCAGAGGUAGAGAAGAAGCAGGAGGAAAGGCUGCUUGAGACGAAGCAGGAAGUUGCCACCAUGCAAGCUGAAUGAGAAGAGAUUCCAUGGGCCCCCGCCAUCUCGAAGGGCUUUUCAAAUGUAAACAAAGGAAAUGUGCAGUGAAGUAAUGCAGGAAGCAGAAGACAUGACCAGGAUCACUUCAGGAUUACACUCCGCAAUGGCAGCUUGGAGCUGCACUCACAAUAAAAGUCCUAUACGCCCUCAAGCCUGCUGCAAGAUUCCCUUCCUCGUCAGCCAGGGAAUAAGGCUCUACAUUCCCUUCUGAGUUGGCCAUUCCUUCUUAAAGAUGGAAAGUCCCUCCUAAGGGCCUUCUGCUGUGGUUUGGAAUUGGGAACGCUCUCCUUCCUUUAUCAGCUCCCACCUCCACUGCCUUUGGAAUGCUGCCCAUUGGCCAGUUUUUGCCCAGCCCUGGACUUGUGGAUGAGGAAGAAAGUGCAA